GUCAGCUUUAAGCCAACCUCACACCACUAAAGUCCUCAGCACAGCACUCUCCACCAUGAAGCUUGUUGGGGGCCUCCUUGUGCUCUUCACAGCAACCUAUUUCUGCAACAGCUCAGAAGUUACCACUCACCCUUCACCAACGGUGGACUGCGACAUAUACAAGAAGUACCCAGUGGUAGCAAUCCCCUGCCCCAUUGAAAACACGCCAGUUUGUGGUUCAGACUAUAUCACCUAUGGGAAUAAAUGCAAGUUGUGUACAGAGAUCUUGAGGAGUAAUGGGAAAAUUCAGUUUCUUCAUGAAGGGCACUGUUGAUUUCUCCAUGGACAAAGAAAGAACA